AUGAGGGAGGAAAAUAGGGAUCAAAUAAGAAUAUCUGUCGAACAACAUAUAAAGGACAUUGAAAUAAAAGACACGCAAAAAGGGAAGAGGAUUUUACAUAUAAAGGACCUGGACGCGAUUACAAGAAUAGAGGAAGCGGAACGUUCAUUAAAAGAGGCAACAGGCAGAAACGAACUCACCGUAAGAUCAAUUAGGCCAGCCUAUGGAAGGAUGCAGAACAGUCGAGGCAAGUCACGAAGUAGCAAACAUUUUGCUGAAACUUCAAAGAAUAAAGAAAAUGACAAUAACGAUAACUCAGUAGCAGAAGAACCAAAUAGUGAAAAUGUUUAUGAAGAAGUACAAGAAGAUAACAGUAAUUUUACAAACGAUCCAAAAACACUGGCUUUACCUAAUUUUGAAGAUCCCGCACUUUGGAAGCAUGAUUAUGAUCAUGAUUAUACAGAAAUGAUUUUAGAAAAUUGGACCGAACAAAAUCUUGCAGAAAUGGACUUUUUAAUGUCAAAAAGAAAAUUUGGUGAACAAAAGAGAGGAGUCGAACGUACUAUUGCAAAGAAGAAUCUUCUUCGCAUAAAACCAUUUUCAUAUAAGAGUAAAACCAUUCUGAAAGCUAAAGAAAACAUCGUUCGACAUGGGAACUUGCAGUCAAUCAAGUCCGAUUCUACUGUGAGAAAAAUAAGAUCGGAAUCGUUAGCUCAAUGGGAUCGAGAUCGAGAUGAUAUAAUCGACCUUAUCAAAAUGCAAAGGGAACACAAUGAUUAUAUCAAAGAAGUAUGUGUACCAUUCAACGUAAAAAUUUAUAAAAAAAAUGGAAAAUGGCCAGUUUUCGGUAGUAUUGUGACUGAUUUCAGUUACGCCAAUCUACAUGCAAUCAGCAAGGCUUGCAAUCGCCAAACUCUUUCCGAGUACAUUGAGCUGACGUUCAGGAUUUCUAGUGGUACGGAGUCUGCGCCAAAAUGCAAUGUGAUCGAACAGACAGAAUCAAAUGAGUAUGUUACAUUGAAUCCGCUGAGCCUCUACAAUGCUGAUAUCUCCAAAUCUGGUUCAAUUGCUGCUUCGCCAUCUGAAGAUAACUUAGACGGUCCUUCAUUAAUGCCAGAACCACCUUCAACUGAAAUUAUGGCCGCUGAGGAGCCAGACUUUUCUUAUUUGAAUCAGGAUGCAAAUAUUCCAAUAUUCGAUUCCAAUCAUUUGGCAUUCGGUUAUCCCCACUUGCGCCAUCAUUGCCUCUGCUGA